GUAAAGUCCAGUGGGGAUCACACAGUGGCAGAGCAAGGGGUGGGGGGGGGGCAGCCUGAGAGAACCUGGACCUAACCAACAACACCACAGACUCAGUGCAUCAUGGAUCUUCUCCACAGCUGGGGGGUUGAGCUGGCCGUCCACCUUCAGACCACGUACAGCAGCUACGGGGGCGUUUUCCACCUGGCGUCCACGGUGGCCGAUCUGCACACCACGUUCUUCUGGUUGUUCCCCGUCUGGUUCCACCUGCGGAGGGACACGGGGCUCCGGCUCAUCUGGGUGGCUGUGAUCGGAGACUGGCUCAACUUGGUCCUGAAAUGGGUUCUCUUCGGGGAGAGACCCUACUGGUGGGUUCACGAGACCCGGUUCUACGGAGCAGAUCCGGUUCCUUUUCUGCAGCAGUUCCCCAUCACGUGUGAGACGGGACCAGGAAGUCCGUCGGGUCACGCUAUGGGAGCGGCUGGCGUCUGGUACGUGAUGGUCACCGCGCUGCUCUCCAUGGCCACAGAGCAGCGAUGGCCACCUCUACUGUACAAAUUCCUGCAGAUGGGCCUGUGGGUGCUGAUGGGCCUGGUGGCGCUGGUGGUCUGCACCUCGAGGGUCUACAUGGCCGCACACUUCCCACACCAGGUGAUCGCUGGAGUCAUCACAGGUGUCCUCGUAGCUGCAGUUGUCUCUAAGGAUAAAAGGAUCUACAGCGCCAGCAUGAGCACAUACUUCAUCAGCACCGUCUGCUUGACCUCCUUCGCUGUGGGCUUCUACCUCCUGCUCAUGGCUCUGGGUGUGGACCUGCUCUGGACCCUGGAGAAAGCCCACAAGUGGUGUGCGAGGCCCGAGUGGGUCCACAUGGACAGCACGCCCUUCGCCAGCCUCCUGCGGAACAUGGGCAGCCUGUUGGGCCUGGGCCUGGGCCUGCACUCGCCGCUCCCCAGCGACAGGAAGAACCGAAGUGCUGCUUCCAAGGCCGGAUGUAUUAUUAUCUCUUUGCUCCUGCUUCAGCUGCUGGACGGAUGGACGUUCUCCUCGGAGAACCACCUGACUUUCUAUUUCCUGUCUUUCGUAAAGAACACUGUUGCACUUCUAAUCCCGACCACCGUGGUGCCGUCGGCUCUGAGCAGGAUUUGCAAGGGAAAGACAGAAGAGAAGAACUUUUAAUCAAGCUCAAAUAUAAAUUAUUAGUUUAGUUUUCUACAAGGAUUGUUUCUUCUCAUA